ACGUCACUGGAACAGUGUCUUCAUUUCUAAAGCAUUGGUCAAGUUUUCAUGUUACAUUCGACAACUUUUGUGAUUCCCUGUAUAAAAAACAGCAAUUUUAUAAUAUUAGACAAAUAUAAAAAGGAAUAUGUUACAUUGUCUGAAGCUUUAGAGAAUAGGGAAAGACUUUCCAGAUCCUUAAGCAAUCAUAGGGAACCAGAGUUCUUAAAAGACGCCUUUGAAAAAUAUUUGUCGCUGCUUCCAGAUUUGGGAAGGGUCGUAGAAAAGUCUCAAACCAUCUCUGACACGAAUUUACAAUAUCAAUGGCAAAGUUCUCUAUGUGCUAACGGCAAAUUCUAUUCUGGUUCUUUUUUUGCCUUUGAAGUGGCUAUGGCAUUAACAGCGUAUGCUAUUUUGAAAUUGUCCGUAGCUGAACAAAAUUUUGCUUCUGAAGAAGAACAAGAAAUCAACCAAGUUUCUAGGUAUCUUUGUGAAGCAGCCGGAAUUUUUGAAUAUUUGCAAGACAAUAUUUUACCUGAAUGUAUCAUUCAAGCUUCUAUUCCAACUCCACCAGAUAUUCAUCCCAAUGCAGCUGCAUUCAUGAAUAGACUUGCUUUAGGACUUGCUCAAGAGAAGGUCAUUCAUAAAGCUCAGUUGAGAUGCUCUUCAGAAAUGACUCUAUUGAAAUUGUGCAAUGCUGCUGUACAGUUGUUCACCCAAGCCAUAGCCAAAGUCACUUGUGUUCAAGGGUGCGAACCAGUAGCUUCAACAAUAUUGAAAUUUGCAGAAUUUCAUUUGCUUCUUAGUAAAGCGAUGUUCUGCUUUUAUCUUGGUAAAGUUUCGGAUAUGAAAAUGGAACAUGGCUUGAAGGUUACUUGUCUUCGAUAUUGCUGUGAAAUACUUAAAAAGGAACAAAUUCAAAAGUUGUUGGGAAAGUUUUCCUUUACCAAACUUACUUAUUCUCAACAAGCAUUAUCAACAGAAGCUUAUCAAUUGUAUCAACAGUAUCAAAGGCAGAAUUCUAUAGUCUAUCAUGAAAAAGAACCUGAUUGGAGCACAAUUGGUUAUGAACCAGAAAGACUAUUGGUCAAGAGCAUUCCUUUUAUGCUCUCAGACAAUGACCGAACAAUAACUAUUUCUCAAAGACUUCAAAAUUUGCGAAUACAAGAACCAAAGAAGCAAAAUAUGUCUAUUGACCAAUCCAAUUCGAAAGAUAACCAAGAAGUUAAAAGAAAGUCUAGGAGCUCACGAAGUCGAAGAGUUGUAGAAACUUGUACGGAAUGAAAUGCAUUUAUUGUGGAAGACCCUA